UGUGAGUGUGUGUGGGGGUAGUGAACCUGAUCAGGUGUUGUGCGGUUGUCACUUCUCCCUCUGCCAUCUGACUGUCUGACAAGGUUGCCUCUCCACCCCAGCCUUUUCCUCUGUGUUCACGGUCAUUCCCUCCGGCCUGCCCUUGCUGUCUCCUGGUCUCGCCCCCUGCCCCCAGCCGUCACUUGCUUGGCCUGGCGACCUCGCGUUAACUGCUGACUGUUCCAUUCUGUCGGAAGGUUUCAAGGUGGAGUUGGAAUUGGAUAGCCUGAAGCAGACCGGGGCGAUCAAGCGGGUGCUGUUCCUCGAUUCCCGCCAGCCUCUCUUCCAGGACAGAGUGGCCAUCAACAAUGGGCAUGGCGAAAUCUGCCAAGACCUGAAGAUAUACCUGCAGGAAGAGCAUGAAUUUCGCGACAAGCUCUCGCUGAUCCAGGUCGCCAUGAACUUCAGUCUGGAUCCGACAAUGCCCCUCGACAAUCACGGCCUGCAGCCAAUCCUCAGCUAUUCGACCAGGGAGUUCCUCACCCAGGAGGCCCAGAUCCAACUGGAUUGCGGUGACGAUAACGUCUGUGUGCCAGACCUCCAACUUUCUGUCAACGGGGACAGGAAGACGGUGUACCACGGGGAUGACAACCCACUCACGCUGAUUUUCGAGGCGAGGAAUCUGGGGGAGGGAGGAGCCUAUGAAGCAGAGCUCCACGUCUUUGUCCCCACCGAGGCGGAGUACAGCGGAAUAGUGCGCAACGAG